AUGACAACAAUUAAAUUUGAAAUUAUAUCCGAUAAAUAUGGCAUAUUUAGUGUCGAUUCUUCCUCCUAUUCAGAUGACCGAUUGAAUAAUUAUAUCACACGAGAUCAAUAUAUACAUAUAAUAUCGAAAAUUAAUCAACGAAUUCAAAACUUCAAAUCUCCAAUGAAUAUACCGUGCUUCUUGACUGUAGAAUUUCGUCUUCAACAACAGAGAGCAGCAUCAGUAACAGUAUCUUCUGUACGUGAGCCAAUUGAUUCGAGAUCAAUUCGGCUGAAUCCAUCUGCUUCUGGUCUUGUGCUAGAUCUCGAACGAGCCACAACAUCAUUAGACAAUGAACAAUACUCUCAACAUGUAUUUGCUCCAGCUACUCCUCCGCCACCAUCCUAUUAUAAAGUCAUUUGUUUAUUUUCACAAGGAGUCUUUAGCGAUUGUCCCAAUUGUAGUAAUCAAAAGUGUGUAUUUAAUGCAAAAUAUUGUACACAGUGUGGAUAUUCACUAUCAGUGUAA